AUGGGAUGCGGAAAACCUGCAAAAACAGUUGAUAGCAUACGUGCAUCAGCUUCUCUUGAAAACGAAAUUACCAAAAACCCAAUUCCUGAAAAGAAAAAGAAUAAAAAUGCAGUUUCUUCUGAGGACACAAAAUUUGGGACAGUUACAUCUGAUUAUGAAAAAUUCCAAGUAAUUGAAAAUUACCAAGAUUAUCAGAUUCUUAAGGCUCGGCAUAUCUCUAGUGAUCAAAGUAGGCUUAUUAAGAUGAUCCCAAAAGAAAAACUUACCGAAAAAUUUUUAUUUAAAAAUACUUCUAAAGAGCUGAGGGAGUCAAAAAUAUUAAACAUGCUAUCUCACCCUAAUAUCCAAAAAUGCCUAGGAGUUAUAGAAGAUAACACCCGUGUUGGCAUCGUUUAUGAAUAUCUUAAAGACAUGGAGUCUUUACAAUCACAGAAUAAGAUUUACAGCGAGCUAGAAACCUCCUAUAUCAUGAGACAGCUAUUUUCUUCUGUAGCUUAUAUUCACGCUAAAAAAGUGGUCCAUAGGAAUAUAAAUUUGAAAAAUAUUUAUAUCAAUAGUGAUAAUUUAUCAGUAAAACUAUGCAAUUUUGAAGACGCCUAUAUAAAAGGCCAAGAACCUCCUCUUGAAUUUUCUGGAGAGCUGCCUUUUAUUGCUCCUGAUUUCAAAAGUAGCGGAUAUCAUGAAAAAAGUGAUGAAUGGAACUGUGGAGUUGUAAUGUAUAUGCUUUUAACUGGAGAAUCUCCAUUUAAAGAUAAAAAUGAAGAAGAAAUCAAAGAGAUAAAAGAUAUAGCAAGCUAUUUAAAAGAAUUAGAAAAAUACAGCACUUUAUCUCUUCAAGCUAGAUAUAUAAUCGAACAGCUGCUGAGUACUAAUUUAUUGACAAGAAUAUCAGCAGAAGCAGUAAAAAAUUAUCCAUGAAUGCAAAAAGGGUAUAGAAGAAGUAAAACAAAAAGAAAAACAAAUACACAGAAAGAGCUGAGUAUCACGAAUUCAAGCUUGUCAAAAGAAACUGACUCUCCAGGAAGACAUCUAUCUUAUUACCCAGAAAAUAAAAGCCCAGAUGACUCAAAAUACCUUGACAUGAACGAGCUUCAUGAUGAAUUUAUUGAGGAUUAUAAUAUGUUUUUGAAAAAUUGGGUAAAAAGGCUUAAAUAUAAAGAGGGGAAAAUUCCUAAUAGUUAUCAAGAUUUUUGCGAAAAAGAGAUGAAAAAAUAUGGAGAAUUUAUCCUUGAUAUUCAAGAAGAUUCAGAAGCUUAA